AUGCCAUCCAGCGUCUCCAUAGCCCUCAAUACCGCCUGGGCAGCGCUCCAUACGCUGCAGUACGGAUUCGGUAUCUCCGCAUUCAACGGGAUCCAAGAUGUCGUGACCUGCCGGCGACAUGGUCGGCCGCAUGGCGAGACUGGCUGGUUAUCUAGCUGUGUCCCUCUGACUUCGACACAGUUCGGAUUGAUUGUCGCGAUCUUUACGCUUGGCGGCCUGGUCGGUGCCCUCACAACGGACAUUUGGUCCAAGCGGUUAGGGCGGGUCGGGACGCUGCGAUUGUCCGCAGCGCUCGUACUCGCUGGAUCGGUCGUGACGGGUCUUGCUAGCUCAUACCUCCUUCUUCUCGUUGGUCGGAUCGUGAUAGGAUUCGGCUGUGGCCUCUCCACGGUCCUCGUCCCUCUCUACCUCUCCGAGAUCGCUCCUACAUCCAUGAAGAAGUCUCUAGGCAUCGCCAACCAGUUCUUCAUCGUCGUCGGCAUCCUCAUUGGCCAGUCUCUGUCGCUGCCAUUGGGCCAGCCGAUGAAGUGGAGAUGGGUCUUUACGGUCGCGGUGGGGAUUGCGGCGGUUCAGCUCGUCGGGAGCUUCUUUGUGCCUGCAAAGUCGGGGAUGGACGAGAGGGAAGAGGAGGAAGAGACAGAGGAGGGCAGGCCGUUGUUGCCGAGAGACAAUGAGGGGGAGGGGGCGAUGAGUAUCAGGGAGUUAGUGAUGUCAAAAGACUCGGUCGUGCGAAGGGGAUUCCUGCUGGUGAUCGUCACUCAGCUUGUCCAGCAGCUCUGCGGUAUUUCACCCGUCAUGUACUUCUCCACCCGGAUCCUCACCCCCGUCUUCCAGAGCAACUCGAAGUACAUUGCCCUCGGCAUCGUCAUGCUCAAACUACCGAUCACUGUCGUUCCAGCCUUCCUUAUCGAGCGCCUGGGGUCUCGCCCCAUCCUCCUCUUCUCCGCUCUCGCCAUGUCCCUCUCCUCCCUCCUGCUCGCGAUAGGCCUCAACGCCCCCUCUCAACCCCUCUCCAUAUUUUCCAUCCUGACCUUCGUCGCUGCCUUCUCGCUCGGCCUCGGACCCGUCACAUGGGUCGUCCUCCCCGAAGUCAUGCCCAAGCGAGCCGUCACUGCUGCUGGCUCAGUCGGGCUCGCGCUCAACUGGUCCCUGAAUUUCUCACUUGGGGCUUCCUUCUUACCCGUCCAGCAUUGGUUGGCGGGUCUGACGCACAAUGGGGAAGGGAACAUCUUUUACGUGUUUGCGGUGUUCUGCGCAGUGGGAGCCGCGGGCAUAUCGGUGUGCUAUAGGCUGAAGGACAGUGUCUAG